AUGCUUCUAGGAUUCAUCUCCCUACUCAUCACCGUCGGCACAAAACCCGUCUCUAAGAUAUUCCCCUGCAAGCCGGAGCCCAAGGAGGAUUAUUCCGGCGAUGGUGGGCCAGAUGACAGAAGAAGAUAUUUGAUGACCAAUGCAGUCGACAUUGUAUGGCGCCGAGUUCUGGCUCCCGCCGCCGGGGAAAAAGACUAUAUAUUGCUCUCAACGGGUACGGUGCAUCAGCUGCACAUCUUCAUCUUCGUGCUGGCGGUUUUCCAUGUUCUAUACAGUGUAAUCACAAUGGCUCUCGCACAGGCCAAGAUGAAGAAGUGGAAGGCAUGGGAGCAGGAAACUAACUCAUUGGAAUAUCAAUUUAGCAACGACCCUUCAAGGUUUGGGUUCACUCGUCAAACCUCCUUUGUCCGGCGGCACAGCGGCCUCUCCACUACGCCAGGCCUCAUAUGGGUUAUGGCUUUCUUCAGACAAUUCCUUACGUCGGUGACGAAGGUGGACUAUCCGACCAUGCGACAUGGAUUCAUUACCGCUCAUUUUGCACCGAAUAGCAAAUUUGACUUCCAGAAGUACAUCAAAAGAUCCAUGGAAGAUGAUUUCAAAGUCGUCGUUGGCAUCAGGAUGGGAUGGUAUACCCUUUUUGCAAUAUCCUUCAUGCCACCAGCAAUACUGCUGCUGGUUGGCACAAAGCUGGAGCUGAUAAUAAUGGGGAUGGCUCAGCAGAUCCAAGAAAGAACAACCAUCAUCAAGGGAGUCCCUGUGGUUGAGCCCAGUAACAAGUACUUCUGGUUCAACCGCCCUCACCUUAUCCUUUUCUUGAUUCACUUUACCUUGUUUCAGAAUGCAUUCCAGAUGGCUUACUUUCUCUGGACAUGGUACGAGUUUGGGAUUACUUCAUGCUUCCAUGAGAACUUGCCAGCCCUUUGGGCCAAGGUCUUUCUUGGUGUUGCUCUCCAAGUUCUCUGCAGCUACAUCACCUUUCCUCUCUAUGCCCUGUUAACCCAAAUGGGAUCACACAUGAGGAAAGCAAUAUUCGAGGAACAGACGGCAAAAGCUCUAAAGAAAUGGCAGAAGGCUGCAAGGGAGAGGAAGAAGCUGAGGAAACUAGGAAGGGCAGAUAUUGCAUCAGCAUCAUUGGGGUUCAAUAUCAUCACGAGUAGUCAUGGAGAGACUACAUCUCCCAGCCAUGGCUCCUCCCCAUUCCAUUUGCGCCAUAGAUUCACGCACAGCUCCACAGAUAGUGCACCCAUGCCUAAGGCUAUCUUCGAAAAGGCUAAGCGGUUGUGCAGUGAGGGCAAGGAUCGAUGGCUCGGUGACGGUGUGACUCUCCUUGAAGGCCCUGUGCUGGUUUCCAGUGAUGAUCACCACGAACCAACUUCAAGAUCAAUAUCACCCAACAACAUUGAUAAAAGUGAUGUAUUAAUGCUGAUUGUAUUAAUGCUUGCAGUGCCUCGGCCCUAUCGUAUGCUGGCCGGGUGGAGCUCAUCAGAGCAGUCCUUCAGGGAGUCGAAAGCUUUUGUGUCUAUAUGGGAGCGGCCUACUCGGAAGGAUGAUUCAGCUCUAAUGAAGAGAAUCCUGCCUAUUAGGGAUGCACUUAUCCAGGGGCCGGGCUCAGUGGAGGCUGCGUUUAAUCUCAUGGACAGUUGGGCUACAAGGCAGAGGUUUAAUGGGCUUGCAGCUUAUGAGCUCUUCCGUCCUAUAUCCUUACCAGAGACAAGCUCUCCCUUCAUGGAAAUUGACCCAACAUGCUCGUUGUGCAAUGGUACGCUGGAAUCUGUGCAGCAUUGGUUUUUUCAGUGCCCUUUAGUUCAGCUGUAUGGCGUCAUAUAA